AUGUACCUGAUCACUGUGGUUGGAAACCUGCUCAUCAUUCUGGCUGUCCGCUCUGACUCCCACCUCCACACCCCCAUGUACUUCUUCCUGGCCAACCUGUCCUUUGUAGACAUCUUUUCCACUUCCACCACUGUCCCUAAGAUGCUGAUGAAUAUACAGACAGAAAGUAAAGUCAUAACUUAUGCAUGCUGUGUCACACAGAUUUAUUUUUUCGUACUCUUUGCUGUAUUGGAUGUCUUUCUCCUGGCCGUGAUGGCCUAUGAUCGCUUUGUGGCCAUCUGUCACCCUCUACACUACAUGAUCAUCAUGAACCCUCAGCUUUGUGGACUUCUGGUUCUGAUAUGCUGGAUUUCUGUUGUCUCCUUAUUUUAUUGUACAAUGUUUGGUGUGUACCUUAGCUCUGCUGCUACCCAGAGGUCCCAUGCAAGUGCAGUGGCCUCGGUGAUGUACACGGUGGUUACACCCAUGCUGAACCCCUUCAUCUAUAGCCUGAGGAACAAAGAUGUAAAGAGGGCUCUGAAAACAUUCUUUGUGACUCUACAUGGCCAGCUGUCAUAG